ACCCACGACGCCACCAUCCCGUCGGCGCACGCACGCACGUACGUACAUACGUCUUCCUCCACCACUCCGGCGAUCGGAGUUGCCAUGGACGGCGCCGAGGGCUCCUGGCGCUUCCUCUACGACUCCGACAGCGAUGACGAGCUCCUCCGCUUCGCCGAAGGGUACACGGCCGUCCCCGCUGAGCGCCACCGCCAGCGGCAACAGCAGGUUCUGGCGGCUCACGACGACGCCCAACCGGCCUAUGCACAAAUGAUGGCUGACUUGCCAUCGGCAUCGGCGUCGGCGAUGCAACUCGAUCACCAUCAGGCGCGUCCCAUGGUCCACGUGCAGCAGCCUCAACCGGCGCCGCCGAUGCCGGUUGAACAUCAGCAGGAGCCUUCCAUGGUACACUUGCAGUACCCUCAACCGGCGACGGCGAUGCCAUUCGAACCCCAGGAGGCGCCUUCCAUGGUACACUUGCAGUUCCCUCAACCAGCGCCGGCGAUGCCACUCCAGCAUCAACCCAUGCCCGGCGAAUCCCGGGCAACGGUGCUACUCCAUCAUGGCCAGGACCAGCACUUGAUGGGCGAGUCGUCGUCGGCGAUGCCACUACAUCACCUGCAGAUGCUGGGCGACUCGCCGGCCACGAUGCAACUCCAACACCAGCAGAUGCAUGGCCUAAGCGAGCCGACGCCGGAGGAGAUGUCGACACACGAAUACGAGCAGAUAAUGGCCAAUUUGGGUCUCACUGAGCUCUACGUAGAAGGCGAAGAAUUACACCUCCCUGGCGGUGGCGGCGGUGGAGCCGCCAGCAUCCCGGACCCUGAGCCUCCGGUGGCGAAGCAAGGCCUCCAGGACGACCAAAUACCGAAGCCGUCACAGCAAGGUGGAGAGGGCCACUUCUUCGCAGCCGCGCCGCAGCCAGGCGACGAUUUGGGUCCCAGUGGCGCCGGCAGCAUCCCGGGCCCGGAGCCGCCGGUGACGCCUCCGGUGGUGGCACCAGCACAGCCAGAGCAUGAAUCGUGCGAACACUGCUAUGUCGUCAGAGAGGUCAGGAACCACAACGCGUUAGGGCUGGUGACCUUCUCGGCGCACCGCGCGGCGGACGGAAGCUACACGCACGCUAUCCUCGAACUCAAAGGCACCGCCGCGCAAGGCCCAAAUUCAGGCACCCAACGAAUUUACAAGUGCCUGCGUGACCUCACGCCCGAGUCGGCGCCCAAGUAUGUCGAGUCCUGCAUCCGGAAGAUGAGGGACAAAACCGGCCCGCUAGAGGACGUCGUCGGCGGCGCCGCCGCAAGCUCUUCCAUGAUCCGCGCUCCUCCGGGGGACCCCGGCUCGCCGUGGGCGCCAGAGGGCGGCAUGCGGCGGACUGCACCGCCGUCGCCGCCGCCGCCGCGGCGGCCGACCGAGCAAGAGGAAAGGGAGACGCGGCAGUACCUUCGCGACGCCGCUGACAUGGCCGGGAGGGAGCUGGGAUCGCUGGCGUCCGAGGUCAGGAGCGUCCGCAACCAAAGAGCUCCGGACAAUAAUCGCAAAGCUCUAUUCAGCAGGCUAAGAGAACUCAACCACAAGAUCAAGAGAUUCGAGAAGGACUCGGCCAAGCGUGCGGGGAGUGAGCUGUCCAAGAUCAGGAGGGAGGUGGAUGGCUUUGUGAUGGAGAAGAGACAACUGUACGAUGCUCUUAAGGAGCUGAUGCAGAGGGUAACCAAGAACUGCCACCGCCUCCCUCCCCGCGGAAACGACGAUCAGGCCGGUGGCAGCGGCGCCGCUGGUGCCGCCGUGUUGUAAGAUCCUACUCAGUAUCUGUAAUAAUCGUAGGGACACUUCUUUACUUUUAUGUAUUCAUGGUGUGUUCUAUUUAUGUAUAUGUAAUGGGCAUGUAUGUCGUUGUUGUGGACGUAAUAACAAACAUAUUUAUGUAAUAAACAUAUAUGUAUUCAUGUCUCUUUGAAGGCUACGGUGAAAGAUAUUUUUAUCC